AAGAAAGGCCACAUUGCGCAGGCGUACACCACGUACACCGAUGAUUAGCGCUGUCUUGGCUGCAUGCUAGCUGAGUAGCUAACGGUCUGUCAAGUCGCACACAUUGGGCUAGAAGGGGGGAAGCGCAGCGGUGGAGAAGAAGGGCGACCCUAGCGCCGCUACGAAAUGGCCGGCCAACAGUUCCAGUAUGAUGACAGCGGCAAUACGUUUUUCUAUUUCCUAACGUCCUUCGUCGGACUUAUUGUGAUCCCAGCCACAUAUUAUCUCUGGCCCCGGGAUCAGAAUGCUGAACAACUGCGCCUGAAGAGCCUGAGAAGGGUACACGGCAGAUGUCUGUGGUACCGGCUCAGGCUGAUGAAGUCGCAGCAGAGCAUUGUCCCAACACUAAAGAAAGCAGCCUUGUUAUUUGGCUGGGCUGUGUUCCUGCUGCUAGCGUACAAGGUGUCCAAGCUGGACAGAGAGUACCAGGAAUAUAAUCCAUAUGAAGUCCUCAACUUGGACCCGAGUGCGUCGGUGUCAGAAAUCAAGAAGCAAUACCGUGUACUAUCCCUCAAGUACCACCCUGACAAAGGUGGUGAUGAGGCCACAUUCAUGAGAAUCGCCAAAGCUUAUGCUGCUCUGACCAAUGAACAGUCACGACAAAACUGGCAAAUAUACGGUAACCCAGAUGGUCCAGGAGCAACCAGCUUUGGAAUUGCCCUGCCUGCAUGGAUUGUCGACCAGAAAAACUCAAUGCUGGUGCUGUUGGUAUAUGGACUAGCCUUUAUGGUCAUCCUCCCUGUUGUUGUGGGCACAUGGUGGUACCGCUCCAUCCGAUACAGUGGAGACCAAAUCCUCAUCAACACCACCCAGCUCUUCAUGCAUUUCAUGUAUAAGACGCCCAACAUGAACAUGAAGCGUUUAGCCAUGGUGUUAACAGCAGCAUUUGAGUUUGACCCUCGCAGCAAUAAAGAAGCCACCAUACGACCAACAGACAACAUUGAAGUUCCGCAGCUGAUCCGUGAGUUGGGAAAUAUCAACGUGAAGAAGAAGGAGCCUCCAUUCUGCUAUCCUUACAGUCUGAAGGCCAGGGUCUUAGUGCUAGCUCACCUAGCACGCAUGGACGUAUCAGAGGAGUUAGAGGAAGAUCAGAGGUUUGUGGUGAGGAAGAGUCCAGCUCUCCUUCAGGAGAUGAUCAAUGUGGGCUGUCAGCUUACCAUGAUGGCCAACAGCAGAGGAGGUUUUCAUGCUCCUCGACUGGUAACUAUAGAGAACUGCAUGAAGCUGACCCAAAUGAUAGUGCAGGGUCUGCAGGAGUCAAAGUCACCACUGUUGCAGCUGCCUCACUUUGAGGAGGAGCACCUCCGCUACUGCAUCUCUAAGAAGUAUAAAGUCCGGAGCCUUCAGGACCUGGUGAGUCUCAAGGACUCAGACAGACGCAGCAUGCUGCGUUUCUUGGGGGAGGAGAAGUACGAUGAGGUCAUGGCUGUGCUGGGUAGCUUCCCUCACAUCACUAUGGAUACCAAACUGCAGGUCCUUGAUGAUGAAGACAGCAAUAACAUCACAGCAGGGUCUAUCGUAACAGUAACUGUCACCUUAACCAGAAAACGGAUGGCGGAGGUGUUUGAAAAGGAGCAGGAGUCAACGCCGUGUUUAUCGGAAGAGGCAGCCGCUGCAGAGGAAGCACAUGCAGACUCAAGUAAAUCCAAAACAAAAGUGUGGCAGAACAAGAGUAAAGGGGCUAAGAAGACAGCCAAGUCCAAGAAGAAAAAAUUAACCAAGAAGAAGGCCACACCUGCACCUGCCAAAACCAAGCAGGCCAAUGGCAAUGUGGCAGGAAAUGAAGUCGUAGCAGCAGCAGCAGCAGUGAAGGAGGAAGAGGACGAGGCCUCAGACAAGGGUAGUGACUCAGACGAAGGCGAGGCCAACAAGGACUCUCCCAGCGAGAGAGACGAAGACAGCGACAAACAAAGCGAUACAGAGGUCGAUGAGAUGGCUGGUGAUGAUGAAGAGGAGUGGGAGGCGUUGCAGCAGAGCAUCCAGCGGCGAGAGCGGGCCCUGCUUGAGACCAAGUCAAAGGUGACGCACCCGGUUUACAGCCUCUAUUUCCCUGAGGAGAAGCAGGAGUGGUGGUGGCUCUACAUCGCCGACCGCCGAGACCAGACCCUCGUCUCCAUGCCCUACCAUGUGUGCACACUAAAAGACACAGAAGAGGUGGAGCUGAAAUUUCCAGCCCCCUCCAAAACAGGAAACUACCAAUAUUCUGUCAUACUCCGUUCUGAUUCCUACCUGGGAUUGGACCAGAUCAAACCGCUCAAGCUGGAGGUCCACGAGGCCAAGGCCAUGCUGGACAACCAUCCACAGUGGGACAUCCCUGACACGGAGGAGGAGGACGAGGAGCAGGAGGACAGCGACGGCAUCGAGGAGAGUGAAGAAGAUGACGAAGACAACGACUGAAUGUGGAUACGCACACACGCCCCCAACCCCCAUGGCCACACACCCACUUCUGACCCUACAGCAGCACUCGAGAGCAGUGAACAGGAAGCAGCAAAGCUGUGCCCACCAUGGACACACACACACACACCAAACCCACACAGAAUCACCAGGGACAGUUCAUACACACAUAGCCCUCCUCCUCCAUUUUACCUUCACAAUGACAUGGACUGUGACCCUGCCCUUACAUUUCCUAUUUUCUACAGAGACUUGUUCAUUCACUUUCCGCUGCUGGCGGAAGAGAAUUCUGUGAAUACUUACCCAGGCCCGUGUGAGAGUGGAUGUGAAUGAUGUGAGUGUCUGUGAGUGUUUGUGUGUGUGGUACAAUAUGGGUGAAUGGUGUGUGUGUUUGUAACCUUGUAUGCGUUUGUACAAGAAUGAAAGAUUGACACACUGUGGACUGGAGGACCUAUUAUCUGGGCUCUUUUCUUAUUUUCUUGAAAGGGAGAGGGGGAUGUGUAACAGCUAAUUCUGUUUGCAAAAUUAAAAAAAACAAAACAAAAACAUGACCUCCUGUAUUGGAACUCAUGACAUUGCUCUUGCUUCUAAUUUUAAAAUCACUCAGCACCAAUAUUUUCCACACCAAUGAUACUUUCUAUUGUACGGUUAAAACUGCAGAAGUGUAAGCUUCACACCCGUUGGCAUGUUUGCUCCUUUCGGCACAUGGGGGCACGGUUGAGUCUCAUCUUUUUUUUUUUUUUUUUUUAAAUGUCCCCCGUCACACCAGCCUGUCACUUGUAUGUACUUGUACCCACUGUAUGCUGAAGAAGAUGAUCUCCAGUCGGUUCUGUUAACGAUGUUCUGUUCUGGCUCUGUGAUCCACGUCUAGCUGUAUUUUUCUGAAUGAGACAACUGUUGUUCAAAAGCAGGUGGAUCUUGACAUGAAUUAUAACCUCAAGCAUAAUGGGGAGAAAAUGACAAAACUUGCAGUGUUAAGAUGAACUAUGAGUAAUUUUCAUGUCCAUAUUUUGUGGGUAAGUUGUGGGUUUUCAGUCUUUUUAAGGGACUCGGAUGCUGAUGUAUGUAUAUAGAUACAGUAUAUACAUGUGGCUUUUCGGAGAAGUGACUUGCUUUUCUCUUCAUCCUUUUUUUUCUUUUUAAAUUUUACAAUUGUAGCACAUUCCAGUGUAUACUCAUUGUCCAAAAGGCCUUAUGAAUACAACUGAAAUACUACAACAUAAAAAUCCUUGGGUGCUAUGCACCAUUAGUUCUUGAUAGAGCAGGAAAAAAAGGUUUGUUUCUUUUGUGUUUGUAAAAAAAAAAAGUAAUAAUAAUAAUCUACAGUGUUUUUCUUAUGUUUCAGUUUAGUUAGUCUCUUCAUAGUAACCUAUAGCUACACAGUCUUGGAAUACAUAUCACUGAUCAUGUAAUGGCAAAGCCUGUAGUAAGUACUUAUUUGUCUGCUGGACGAGGAUAAGAAGUUGUGCGCGGCAUGAGACUGUUAAAGGGACUGGACUGUGAAGUCCCUGACACACAGCAGUCAGGAUGUGAAAAAUGUCUCGAACAAAAAGCUCUUGAAAUUUACUUUUAAGUGCAAGACUCAGCAUAAUCUGUCCAGCACUUUUUUUUCCUCUUCAGUCAUUAAAUCAGAACAAACUCUCAUUUCAGAUUGAAAGUUUUGUUUUUCUUCCACCAAACCUAAUGCAGGCAAAUUAAGAGAUCCUCCUCAUUCAUUCUUUUUUUUUUUUGUCCCAUUUAAGCUGCAGUUCUAACAAAUUUAACACAUACAUCUUUGUCCUGUUUUGUUCCAUUCUAACCUUUGUUUUUACAUCUGUUAGACUCGAGUGCAACAAAAAAGAAAAUCGGAGCUUCCUUGCGUAACUCUGCGAGCUCUCACUGUAUGUGGACGACUUGCCGGUUUUUUAAAAGAAAUGACUAAUCUUUCACCAUGAAUAUACACUCUCAACAGUUAAAUGUGUUUUUUUUAAACAACAUAUAUUAGUGUGUCAUGUUGGCGUGAGAGAGUAAGAGUAUGAAGAUCUGUGGGCACACUCUCCUGACACCACAUAGACACACACUGACAAACUCACUUGCGCACACUAAAGCCUCCUGUGAUUGUGUUAAAGGCAGGUGUAUGCUAACAGGUAAUAUUGUACUCUGAGUAUUUAUCGCUCUGCAAUAGAAUGUAGCAUCAGUGAUUUAUGCUGUUUGGGGAAAAAGAAAAACAGCAGCGAGGUUAAAUACGACAGCAGUUCUCCCAUGACAGACCCAGUCCAGGCGACUGGCCAGCAGGCCCCCUCAGUUUGGAUGAACUACCCAAUGACUAUCUAUCUGCCACUUUUGUUUACAAAGGAACUGUCAUUGUAAAUGGAAAAAAAAUAUAUAUAAUUUGUAUUUAAAAUCAUUUCAAAUAAAAACUUUUAAAUGAGA